AUGCACACAUUUUCCACAUUACCCAUCGAAAUUGUUUAUCGAAUUAUGGAUCAUCAAAAUGAGCAGACGCUAUUUUGUUCAAUGCAAAAUAUUUCCCGGCGGCUCAAUCAGAUCCUCAGCACCUAUGAACGAUAUCGAACACUCACCGAACUAAGCCUCUCGGACAACGAAAUCGGUGAUAAAGGGGCAGAACACAUUGCGGAUUCGUUGCGAACGAACACGACACUCAUCGCACUAGAUCUCGGCAAGAACGAAAUCGGUGCUGAAGGAGCACAACACAUUGCGGAUGCGUUGCGAACGAACACGACACUCACCACACUAAUCCUCUCCAACAACGGAAUCGGUGCUACAGGGGCAGAACACAUUGCGGAUGCAUUGGGAACGAACACAACACUCACCGGACUAGAUCUCAGCAGUAACGAAAUUGGUGCUGAAGGAGCACAACACAUUGCGGAUGCAUUGGGAAUGCACACGACACUCACCGUACUAGAGCUCGACACAAACGAAAUCGGUGCUGAAGGAGCACAACACAUUGCGGAUACGUUGCGAACGAACACAACACUCACCAAACUAAUCCUCUCCAACAACGGAAUCGGUGCUACAGGGGCAGAACACAUUGCGGAUGCAUUGCGAAUGAAUACGACACUCACCGGACUAGAUCUCGGCAGUAACGAAAUCGGUGCUGAAGGAGCACAACACAUUGCGGAUGCAUUGCGAAUGAACACGACACUCACCGCACUAUUCCUCAACCUGAACAGCAUCGAUGUCAAAGGCGCACAACACAUUGCGGAUGUAUUGGGAAUGAACACGACACUCACCGAACUAAUCCUCUCCAACAACGAAAUCGGUGCUAAAGGCGCAGAGUACAUUGUGAAUGCAUUGCGGAUCAACACAACACUCACCACACUAAUCCUCUCCAACAACGGAAUCGGUGCUACAGGGGCAGAACACAUUGUGGAUGCAUUGCGGAUCAACACAACACUCACCAUACUAAUCCUCUCCAACAACGGAAUCGGUGCUACAGGGGCAGAACACAUUGCGGAUGCAUUGCGAAUGAAUACGACACUCACCGGACUAGAUCUCGGCAGUAACGAAAUUGGUGCUGAAGGAGCACAACACAUUGCGGAUGUGUUGCGAACGAACACAACACUCACGACACUAAUCCUCUUCGACAACGGAAUCGGUGCUGAAGGAGCACAAAACAUUGCGGAUGCGUUGCGAGCGAACACGACACUCACCGCACUAGAGCUCGGCAGGAACGGAAUCGAUGAUGAAGCAGCAGAACACAUUGCGGACGCGUUGCGUAGGAAUGCAAGCGUCAAUAUGGUGUAG